CAACCAUGGUGUUCGCCCCUCGCAGGUCCUCCAGACUUGCGUCCGCAUCUUCUCCAAAGGAACUAUUGACACAGACUUCCGGUCCAUGUACUACCGCGGCAGGCAAGCGUGCGUCGCCCGCGCCGUCGCGCAGUAAACCAGCGAGGACAGUCGCGAAUAAAGCCAAGAAGACGAAUCAGGGAUCUUCCAAGACUCCGAAGGGUCCCCGCAAGAAAGCCUGCGAUAUUGGCAGGGAGAUGGAACCACCGCCACGCAAGCGCGCGAGGACCGCUACCACUACCACCGAAGCGAGGACCAGGGCCCCUGCUCUUGAGCCCAUCGAGUCUAAAGCGCAACAGACCUUAGAGAAGGAUGCGCCACUACAUAAAUCCUCCGACUCUGUAGUGAAAGAGGCGAAAAGGCGACCCAUCAGCGCUCAAGAGGACGGGUGUCUUUCGCGGCUGUUCGACUUGCCACCGGAACUCAUCGACGAGGUACUCUCCCACCUCCACCCAAUCGACCUCCUUCACCUGUGUCGCACGACCAAGCUCCUGCGAUCCAUGCUCCUCAACCGUUCCACAGCUUUCCUGUGGCGCCGCUGCAUGGCGAACGUGCCCGAACAUCCUCUGAAUCCCGGUGUGCCCGACGUGCCGCCGAAGCCGGACGAUCUGAAUGAACCGCAGUGGGCAAAUCUGCUGUAUGGAAAAGUAGGAUGCUACCGCUGUCAUUCCCACAUCGCCAACUUCGUUUCUUGGCAGACAAAUCAGCGCCUUUGCAAGAAAUGCAUAAAUGCCAGAUUCGUCGCAAUCCAGCAGCUCUGGGGAUUCUCCAUCAUCCCUUAUCAACAUAUGUUCCACCGAGAACAACAUGCAAAAUCGAUACUGCCACAUUACAGACACCUUCCGGCUGUAAACCCGUUCACUGGCUGUUCUUCCUGGAAAGGACGCGGGCCACCCCUGUAUUGCCAGGAGACUGCCAGUCGAUAUGAGCAGGAAUGGGUGGCUCAGGCGACAGUCCCCGUGGAGAAAGGCGAUGCUGGGAAUCAGAAGCAGGACGCUCAGAAGAUCUCGUACGUCAGUUGGAAGCCUUGGGUCAAGCAGAAGCAGGAGCAGUUAAAUGCGCUGGUGAAGCACGAGAAGCUAUGCGAGGACUGGGCCGUGCGCGAGUUCGAGCGCAAAUGCGAUCAGAGAGAACGAGCCGUCAUCCAGCGCCUCACCGACCUCGGCUUGGGCGACGCGGUCGCACGGCUUCCGGCCGGGGAACUCGGAGCGCUGAGAGGCGUGCGGACGGAGCAUGCUCUGAGCGAGGAAUCCUGGUUGAACAUCAAGAGCAGGAUCGUAUCCUAUGUACGCCGCAUGCGGGACAAGCGAUUGCAGAAGGAGAAGGAGGGCAAGAGUAAUUCUUAAUGAUCUCGUCUAGGAACUUCGCUGCAUCGUAUAGUUGGCGGCCACCAGAUGUUCGUCACCGCCUCGACGAUAUGCAAUACUAAAAUCCUAGCCUAAGUUUGUGGUAGUACUAUGUCUAUACGCAACCCUAGUACCGAGUCUACUGCAUGUGUGCUGCGCCGCUGAGCAAUAAGCCAGCGCUCGAA